AUUUAUUUUGCUGUCGCUCAAAGGCUGCUGGGAAAUCUUUGUUUCAGGAAGCAGCAUGGGCAGCUAAACAAGUUGACAACAAGCAGAAUUGGCAGGUUUGCUUUGUGGAAUAACGUGUUCAAAGUAAACAGGAAGAUUCACUAAACUGCAUCUUCACUCAUGGAGGACGUAAGCGCCGUGAUGUCCUGGUUUUCCAGCCCCGUGUACAGCCGCUACUGGCAGCACUACCAGCAGGCCAUGGCCUGGCACCAGAGACACAGGCGAGCCUACCGAAAGGCCUUGGAGGCUGCCUGCGGCCCCACUUACAGCCAGGAGCAGGGUCCCGGGAGCCGGCGGCAGCGCUAUGCAGACUGGAACGCAGGGGAGGAAGAUGGAGAGGAUGGGGACGAGGAGACCAGCUCGGACAGCGAGAUCGAGUGUGACAUCAGCAACAUGGAGAUCAGCGAGGAGCUUCGAGAGUACUUCGCCCAGACAGAGAAACACAAAGAGGAGCUGAAGUUGCAGCAGCAGUUGGAGGCCGAGCAGCACGACAGCUACGUGCCGGCCGACCAGGACCUGCGCGGCGUCUCCUGGCGAAACAACGCGGCUCCUCCCUCGGACCGACCCGGCGAGAGACGUGGGGCUGAGAUGAAGAAGCUAUACGGCAAGGACGCCGCUAAGAUCCUGGCCAUGGAGGCAGCAAUGCAGCUCAAUUUCGACAGAAAAUGUGACCUCACACAGCCCAAGUACUGGCCUGUUAUCCCGCUGAAACUGUGACGGCUGCAGGGAUGUAAACUUGUUUGAUUUGGAGGAAAUCCCCUCUCUGAUCUCUCGCUGUGACAGCGGCUUUGUGGUGUAAUGGAUUGUGGCUGUCGCUGAUGUGAAACUAAUGGUGUGGGUUAGCUGAGGGUUACAAGUUAUUUUUAAGCACGAAAGAAAAGUUGCAUCAAUUAGCAAAGCUUCUGCUUAGCCAGGCGUGAGUGUCACCGACCUGUCAGCUGCUGCUCUACAUGAAAACUUGUGAUUUUAAUGCUACACAUUAUGUUAGAUUUCUUUGUGGAUUCACGCUUUUACAGAAGUUAGUUUUCACAAGCAUGCAGCCCUUCCAUUUAUCUAAGACACUACGUCGUCCUUCCAGCAUUGUUUGAGCUAAAUUUCAGGACAAAAA